AUGCCCGCCGUUUACUGCCAGCCGUUGCCUUCCCUUCACCUGGCCGAGCAGGUGGGGAAGGUUGUCAGCAUCACGGGACGCGUCAAGCAAGUCGAGGACGGCUACGCUGUCGUUCAGACCUGCGACGGGACGGAAGUCAAAUGUCAACUGGCGACAGACGUUCCGCCCUGCAAGUUCUUCACAGUCACGGGAGAAAUUCAAGAAAACCUCACUCUUCUCCAGCGUGACAACCACGUCCUCAUUCCUCUCGGAGAUGAUCUCGAUACCGGCUUGGCGCGAGAUGUGGCUUUUGCGGCGAAGCAUCCUCUCUUUGCUUCCCUGUUUACCCCCGCCGCCUAA